GGACUCAGGUCUCUAGCCAACAGGUGAUAUUGGAAUCCAUAAGGAAUAUUCAUAAGACCAAAAGGAUCUGUGAGCUUGCUCUCUAGCUAUGACACCAGCAUAGGGAGAACGGCGUGGGGGGGAGGAAGAAAAAGGAACAGAGCAAGAACAUAACCCCUUUGAACUUGGAUGUAGGAGAAAAUCAACAGCAAUGGACUGGCUCCCUUGCAGAACAACUGCUGUUCUGUUCAUUUUCAUGGUGGUGGUGGUGGAAGUUAACAGCAAUUUUCAAAUCCAGGUAAGAGAUUAUAACAGCAAAAAUGGUACCAUCAAAUGGCAUUCCAUCAGAAGGCAUAAACGUGAAUGGAUUAAAUUUGCUGCAGCAUGUCGAGAAGGAGAAGAUAACUCAAAGAGAAAUCCCAUUGCCAAAAUUAACUCAGACUGUUCUGCGAACGAGCAAAUUACAUAUCGCAUCUCUGGAGUGGGAAUUGAUCAGCCCCCAUAUGGAGUCUUUAUUGUGAAUCCAAAAACAGGGGACAUUAAUAUAACCUCCAUAGUCGAUCGAGAGCUGACCCCAUUUUUCACGAUCUAUUGUCGAGCCCUGAAUUCCAGGGGUGAGGAUGUAGAGAGGCCUCUUGAGCUGAGAGUCAGAGUUCUCGAUAUAAACGACAACCCUCCGGUAUUCUCCCAAACUGAAUUUGUGGGCGGCAUUGAGGAAAACAGCUACCCGAACACCUUGGUGAUGACAUUAAAUGCUACCGAUGCGGAUGAACCAAACAACUUGAAUUCUAAAAUUGCCUUCAAAAUAAUCUCUCAAGAGCCUGCAGGCGCACCAAUGUUCAUCUUAAACAGACACACUGGAGAAAUUCGAACAAUGAGCAAUUCCCUGGAUCGAGAGCAACAAAGCAGCUAUAGCCUUGUGGUACAAGGUGCAGAUCGAGAUGGAGCUUCCGAUGGACAAUCGUCCCAAUGUGAUUGCAGGAUUAAAAUUAUAGACGUCAAUGAUAAUUUCCCCUACCUUGAGCAGUCUUCUUAUUCUGUCAGCAUUGAAGAGAACAUUCUGAAUUCUGAAUUGAUUCGGUUUCGAGCAAUUGAUCUGGAUGAAGAAUUCUCAGAUAACUGGCUGGCACAGUUUUUCUUUAUUUCGGGAAAUUCUGGAAACUGGUUUGAAAUUGUAACCGAUUCAAGAACUAAUGAGGGAAUCCUGCGGGUUAUUAAGCCACUUAAUUAUGAAGAUGCUCAAAGUAUGGUUCUUAGUGUUGGGGUUAGAAAUGUAGCUGAAUUUCACCACUCAGUUAGAUCCCAAUAUCGAGUCCAAGGAAGCUCCAUCACCGUCAAGGUAAUAAAUGUGGUCGAAGGAUCAGUAUUUACACCGGCUUCUAAGACAUUUAUUCUCCAAAGAGGGAUGGGAGCCAAUUCUCUAAUUGGAAGCUAUCAAGCCAUAGAUCUGGACACUGGAAGACCUUCUACAACAGUCAGAUACAUAAUUGGAAGUAAUCCAGGCGAUUUACUUGCAGUUAACUCAAGGACCGCUGAAAUUACCUUUAAGCGUCAAGUCACUCGGGAAAUCUAUUCACAGGUCAAUGGACGCUAUGUGGGAACUAUUCUAUCAAUAGACGAUGCUGCUCAAAGAACAUGCACUGGUACCAUUGUUCUAGAUCUUAAUGAUGUUUUUGACAUUAACGAUUCUAAUAAUUCUGGUGGACAAGCCGGAGGGCAAGGUUCUUCCACAGGAGGCGGUGGACCAGGCGGUCCUGGAGGACCUGAGGGGACUGCAACUGUAGGUCCUAGUGGCUUUACUGAUUCUAGUUUUCAAGGCAGCAGUACAUCAGGUGGUUCUGACAAAGAUACUAAUACUGAAAGUCCUGGUUAUGACGGGGGAAGAGGAAACGGAAAAGCAUAUUUCGGUCCUGCCGGCAUUGGACUUCUCAUUUUGGGCUUCUUGAUGUUGUUAUUGGUUCCCUUCUUGCUGAUGACAUGUGACUGCGGAGGGGCAAGCGCUGUUGGAGGAGGCUUUCAGCCUGUGCCAGAAUGUACCCCCGAAGGGGCAAUUCAUUCCUGGGCUGUAGAAGGACCGCAGCCGGAAGACAGGGAUAUAACCAACAUUUGUGUUCCAAUGACCACCACUAAUGAAGGGAUGGACACUUGUGGAGUGUAUACCAAUGAGUAUGGAGGAAGAGAAGUAAGAGACAUCGGAGGAGGAGGAAUGGGAGGAGGAGCUUCUGGCCUUGAAAUGACGACUGGCGUUAAAACGUCUGUGGUUCCUGAAGUGUGUCCUGGCCACUCUGGAACUCUAUUAAGAAAUUCCAUGAUGGACUACAGAGAAGGGGGUGUGAAUUCAAAUUUUGUGAAGAACUACUUCUGUCAGAAAGCAUUUGCAUAUGCGGAUGAAGACGAAGGCCGGCCCUCCAACGACUGCUUGCUCAUCUAUGAUAUCGAAGGGGUAGGUUCUUCUGCCGGCUCCAUCGGCUGUUGCAGUUUCAUUGGAGAAGAUUUGGAUGACAGCUUCCUGGAUACCCUAGGGCCCAAAUUCAAGAGAUUAGCCGAUAUUAGCAUGGGGAAGGACGUUGAAUCGUUUACAGAGACGGAGCACCAGUGGACCACGGAGAGCGCUGAGCCGAGCUAUCCUUCGCAAGGACCGGACACUCUGGUUAACGGAUGUCCCCCGGUGCCUCCACCCUUCGGGACUACGACGGUUGUUUCGGAGACCACCUAUCCCUCGGGGCCCGGGGUUCAGCCCGCCACCCCUAUCCCUGAUCCUUUGGGCUACGGUAACGUUACGGUGACUGAGUCUUACACCACCUCGGGCAUGACUCUGCAGCCCUCUGCCCACGUUCACGACCCCAGGCACGGAUCGAACGUCGUGGUGACAGAGAGAGUGCUGGGUCCCAUGUCCGGCUCCGAUUUCCACGGCAUGUUAGACGUGCCCAACCUCAGGGAUAGCUCCAACGUCAUAGUGACAGAGAGAAUCAUUGCCCCCAACUCAAGGCUCCCUAACACUCUGACUCUCCCUGACCCUAGAGAUUCUUCUAACGUGGUGGUGACGGAGAGGGUUAUCAGACCCUCUUCGGGCUUAAUGGGCAACAUAAAUAUUCACCCUGAGCUGUCCGGUGCCCAUAACGUGAUCGUGACCGAGAGAGUCGUUUCGGGAGCCGGCACGACCAGCGGGGGCCUGGGGGGUGGGAGUCUGAUCGACACCAGCAUGGGCGGGGGAGGCAUGAGCCUAAGCGGAGGUACUCUUGGAAUGAGCGGCGUGGGAGGGGGCAGCAGUGGCCUGAGUGGGGCGGGCAUGAGUGGCAGCGCUACGAUUGGCCAUAUGAGGACCUCCGAUCACUUUAACCAGACGAUCGGAUCCGCCUCCCCCAGCGCAUCUCGAAGUCGGAUCACAAAGUACAGCACGUUACAGUAUUCUAAAUAGGCCUCCACCCGCAACAACCAUGAGUGGGAUUUAGACCAAUCGGCUCCCACCGCUAAAACACGUGGCUGUUAUUCACGAUGGGCAGCUCGUGCUUAGGCGGUGGUGGAACGCAAUGAGGUAGCCAUGUAAUAUUGUAGUUUCAAAGGCAGGCGAACAUGCUGAAACCUUGUCAUGGGGGAAGGAGCUCUUGGUAUCUUCAAAUCUUUUCUUCUGUUGGUGCCGGUGGAACGCUGAAAGUGUCGUAAAGGCACAAGGAAGUGUUCCGUCUACCCACACGCGGUCUGUUAAAGGUCCCGGCGUUUGGGGCCCGUGAGAUCCUCUGUCGCUGUUAACUGCCCUAAUACCCUGUUACCACCAGACAUCCUGGGGUGGGGGACAUUCAUUAGUUAGCUUGCUCUGUAUUGAUCUGCCAAAAUGCUCUGGAAAUAUAGAAACGGGAACUGCGCUAGUGAUGUGCUAAUGUAUUUGGGAAUGUUAACUUGUGUAGUGUAUGAACUGCUGUCUUGGGUUCAAGGAUAAUAUAUGCCGCAUUAUGAUACAUUCCUAUUGUUUUUUAUUGUAUCUUCGUGCUUAGUGCUCCCCUCAGUGACUGCACUGAAUAAAAUAUGUUUCUGAUUUGUCCUGCAAAGGUCUUAAGAUGUUAAAAACAAACUCAGUGGGAAGAUGUCAUUCCAGAUUGUUAUUUCAGAAUGAGAAAAGGAGAAACCUAGGCAUAAAAAUGAGGAAAUUACCCUAGGAAUCUUGUCCUUGGGGCAAUUGUCCCUCCACAAACAAUCUACCUAUCAGCCAACAAAGAAGCAGGAGGAAAACUUCCAGCAGCAGUACACUGAUUAAAGAAAGUGACCUUAAGUACUAAGUCCCCACUGUCAUUGGUGAACUGAGUUCCCGGAGAAGAGAGGGUGUGUUGCGUUGAGUUUUCAGCUGUCAUUUCUAAAUAGGCUGUUCAUUCUAAUGCACCUCAUUCCCACAGUUCCAGUACAAAAUUCAAGAAACAUGAGUAAAAUGUGGCCAGAUAAAGGGAAAUCACCACUGGCCAGCAGUGAAAUUUCUCAGGGAACUGGAGAUAAAAGGAAGGAAUGAUUAACAAGGGAAUGUUCCUCACAGUAUCUUCAACAAACUGUUCCUGCUUUUCAUUAAGUUCCAAAGCUUUUAUCAGCAACCCUCCCAUCUGUCAAUCUGAAGGUUUCAUCAGGAACUUAGCCCCAAAUGUCUGUGUUGGCAAAUACGAAACAUCUGGAAGUCCAUAUGUUUUGCUUGCUCCAUCCACUAAACCUGCAAUUCCCAAUUGUUUUCCAUGGUUGGACAUGCAAGCAGUUGGCCAACAGUUGAAUAGUGGGUCUUUUAGGUAUUUUCCAAAUGCAUUUAUGUGCUGGCUUUCUCUUAGUGCAUUGCAAAAAUAAUGCUGUAUUUAUUUUGCUGCAGUUGCUACUCAGUCAAAAUCUUUAUAUUAAUGACCACAGUAACAAGUCAUGGGUAGGAAGACCAAAAGACACUAGGCUUAGAGAUAGGUAGAUUCAUUUCUGGGUGAUAGGGGAAAUCUGCAAUGUUUUGGCAUUGUUUCUAUUGAAAUGAAACCAGCUGUGCUAAAAUCAAGCAAUAUUUCAGUGGCCUAGUGAAUCAAAUCCAUCCCAAGUACAGUUUUUCUUUUCAGAUCCCACUUCCCUAAAUGAAAUUAGCUUUUCAAUGAAUAAAUGAAAACAAUGAAUCAGCCUCUGAGGCUGUUCAGAAAUUAGGAGAAACCUGAACUAUAUUAUCAACUCUUUAUUGUUUCUAAGGAGACCUUGCCUUUUAAGCACUGGUGAGGAUCAUCAAUGGUAUUUAUUGAGCGCUUACUGUGUGCAGAGCACUGCAUUAAGCGCUUGGGGAGUACAAUACAACAGAGUUGGUAGAUAUGUUCCCUUCCCACAACAAGCGCAGUCUAGAGGGUGAAUGAAAAGAAAAGAUACUAAAUAGUGUCUUACUCUAACUGUACAUUAUGUAAAGUAUGCGGCAUUAUCAAAAUUCAGAGGUGUAAAUACAAUAAAGUGUUCCAAAAGGAAUUAUUUUCUUCCAGGUCUUUACCCUUUUAUUUUGCUCUAUGCUCACUGAUAGGUAGCUUUUCUAGAUUCUAAUCCAUUUCUACUUGAAUCGUAGGCAAUCUAGCAUGAUUGAAAGGGCAGAAAGUCACCUCUUCAGAGAGAUCUUUUAAGAGAUCCAAAUAUAAUAUCACUGGCCCAAACUGGUACAACCAAAGAGUUUUUUAAAUCUUCUCAGAAAUUCAAACAUACUCAUUUCAUGCAUAAAAGACCUUUUUACAGGAUCAUCUACAGGAUACAUAACCCUCCCUUCCUUAUUUAAAAUAUCAACAGCAACCAUUCAAGAGACAGGGGCUGCCUUCAACCUUGAAAAAAGGGAGCCAAAAUCUAUUAUUCUUCUGCUUCUUAAACUAUUAACUUUAUCCCCGAGAAGAGAGUGGUAACUCUAGUCUCUUAAAAGUCUCAUUAGUUUCUUGGUUUAUCCCAAGUGAGAAUAGUCCUUUUUUUGUUUUGAUACAAUAUUGUUCAAAUACUCAUAAGUCUGAAGGGGAUGACCACACACAGAGAAACAGAAAUGAGUUUAAAAGAUGAGUUACCAAAUUUCUGCACCAGUACUAUAAGCUGAAACAAGAUAAAAUGAAAGCCUCCCUACUCUGAGUUCUUAUCUAUUGAAAACAAAACAAAAAACAGAUGGAUGCUUCUUUUCUUAAGUGUAUGUAAUAUAAAAAUAAAAAGACAAUGUCACAUUUGACAUCUUACAGUAAAACUUUUUGCCAAAAUUAGUUCUGUGAAAGUACUUCAUAAAUCAUCUGAUGUAAACCAAAAUACCAUUUUUCUAUUAAAGUUAGCGUAUUUUGACAUUUAAUUCCAGUAGCGGCUGCUAUGUUUAACCUCUUUAUAAAUGAGUAAUUUAAGACAUAACAAUAUUUGCACUAAAUAAAUCUAUUUUGUAUAGAGAAAUUUAAAAAAACAGGAAGGGAGUGGGAGGAAAUAAACAAAAAGACAUCCGUUGAAAAAUAUGAUACAAGUGUAUGUCAGGGCACACAUUCUAUUUUUUGUAUGGAUUUUUUUUUUAGACUCACCAGUCAUGUUUGAAGAAUUUAUAGGUUUAUAUGCUCUAAUGCUUGAUUUCUUGCUCCUCAGUAAAAAAAUGACAUCUUUAAAAUUGUAUUCAACUUCUACCACUUCUAUCAAUUAAUUUCUGAAGCUGGGUUUUUUGGGCCAGUGUUUUUAGCAUAAAUCAGAGCUUGGGGCUAUGGUUUUCACACAUCGUCUUUUCACUGAUUCAGUGGGAGUCCAAAGAUUAGAAAGUUAAACAUACAGGCACAAAUGCACAUGCAUACAUAUAUGCAUAUAGAGCACACACACAUACACAGUAAUAAACUGUUGAAUUGGAAAAUAUCUCUAAUAUUAAUAUGAGCCUUUUUAAAUUAAAUACGAACAACUUUGCUGUCCAACAUAAUUCAGUGUAAAUUGUUUCAACUCUACUGCUUCUCUGAAAUCUGCUAGCAUAUCUCUCAAUGAAAUACCCCAGAAGUUUAGGAAUAGAAUUUGCCCUUUCAGAAAUUUCAACCAAAAGCUGUUCUAGAUAGCCCAAGAAUUCAAAUGAAUAACUUGUAGACAAUUUCCACAAGGCAUUCCUCCAAAAAGUCUCAAAACAAUGAAUGGUUUUACUGUUCAAUUACCCAAACCUUCCUUUCAGUUUAUGUUGAAAAUAAUUCAGACAUCAAGACGUGGUUAGUUCAACCUUAUUUUCUUUUUUUGAUGCUUAAGAGUAUUGUUUCUUAGGGGAAUGUUUAAAGGGAUGUAACAUAAGACUUUUUCAAAGGUCAGGGCAGGAUUCAUCUAGAAUAUUUGGGGGUAUCCUUCUGGCUGUUACUGUUUGCAAUUUUAAAGUUGGUUUGUUAAGUCUCAAAGAAUUAUGUUUACAGAAUUAAAAUAAAAUAUUAGUACAGCUCU